AAUUGUCAGAGUGACAGGUGAGACUCGUCCCCUCAAGGCAAAGGGCGAAAAGAACAUGAUGACAAAUCCAGAGGAGCCAGAUAACAAUGGAGUUUUGGCACAAAAAAGGGGGUGGAGUUAUCAAAUGUUGCACAAACAAGUCACUUUAUGUACAAGAAGUUUGGAGAUUUGAAGCAAACGUGAGACGACUGGACAACAUGGACCGGAUCUGGAUCCUCAUUUGGAUUGUUCCUGCUUUGGGUUUGAGUUCGUCCAACACAACAACGUUUCUGAUCUCAGCUCCAGGGAUGCUGCAUGCCGGGGCCCCCACUCCGCUGGCUGUCACGCUCUUCUCUGACUCCUCUGCCAGCGUGACAGCUGAGGUGGAGCAUGGCAACACCAAAAUAGCUCUAACACAGAACAUCCAAGGAGGUUCAACUAGUGUCGUUUAUCUUCCUCCUCUUCCUGGCUCCAUACCACACAACUCCCUCUUGAAGUUGAACGUUUGGGGCAACAAGGACAACCAGAUCGUCUUUACCAACACCACCAACGUCACCUUCAGCCACAGGAACGUCUCUUCCUUCAUCCAAACGGACAGAUCCUCCUACAGGCCGGGCCACACCAUCAAGAUCAGAGUUGUGUCGCUCCAGCUGGAUAACCAUCCUUACAGAGGGAAAUUAAAAAUUUCUCUGCAGGCGAGUCACUAUUCUCUGAAUUUGGUGGAAUUUCAGGUUCCUAAAAAUGUAUUUCUGAAUGUUGGAUCAGACGAGGGACUAUAUGAAGCUCAGAAAAUAUAUUAGGCAGUAAAUCCCCCAAAUUAUUAAAAAAUAAAAUUGAGAUUUUGUUUUAAAAUUAAUGCGACACAAUAUGAC